AUGAAGAUACAGAUUGCUUGUCUGACAAACAAGGCUCUGGCUGCGUUACAGCUGGAGAAGUACAAAGAGGCCUUUGCGUGCUGUUCUCUCGCUCUUGAGAUGGAGCCGACCAACUUCAAAGCGCUCUACCGGAGAGCGUUCGCAUGGAGGGGCUUGGGGAGCUUGCAGGAUGCUCGAGAUGACCUUGUGAGUGCCUUGCAGGUGCAGCCGUCGAACGAAGACGCGAGCUCAGCGUUGCAAGCCAUCACAGCGGAGAUGGAGCAGCAAGAGUCAUCGAUGAACGUCAACGCGGCGAACUCAGAGAAUGUAAACAUGGAAGGGGGGCAGGAGGAGGAGAACCUGUCGACCUCAAGCCUCUGUUCCUCCAUCUCUUCUGCACGAAAGAUCAAGCACAAGAUCGCUGGGCUGCGAAACGAGGGAGCAACGUGCUACCUGAAUGCUGUCCUUCAGACCUUGUUUCACCUCCCAGCUCUGCGGAAGGCCGUGUACCGCAUCCCCACAGUUGAGCCGCAAGGCGGCGACCUGCCCUCAGUCUCUCUGGCACUGCAGCGACUCUUUUGGAACCUCCAGAAAUCCCCUGCCCCUCAGUCUACGACCGAGCUGCUUGUGAGCUUCGGUUGGGACAGUGCAGACUCGCUGAUGCAGCAAGAUAUCAGCGACUUCUGCCACAUGCUGUUUGACAUCGUGGAGGAAGGAAUGAAGAACUCGACCGUUGAAGGAGAAAUCACCAAGUUGCUAGGAGUCAAAGUUCAGUACACUGAUAGUGUGGAGUCAGUCGGUUGGAGCAAGCAAAGAGAAGACGUGAGCAUGGUCACUCUCUUACAUGGCAUCAGGGAGAGCAGAAACGUCCUCAAGUCCCUUGAGCUUCUCACCAAACCUGAGAUCAUCGAGGGGUACGACACUGAAGUGCAUGGGAAGCAAACUGUUCAUCGUACCUUGCGGUUCAAAGAGCUCCCUCCGAUCCUGCUGCUCAACAUCAAUCGAAUCGAGUUCUGUCCUAUCGCCUUCGAGCCCAUCAAGAUCAACGACAGGUUCGAGUUCCCAGCCGAGCUCGACAUGUCGCAGUUCACCGUGAAGGAGGAAGGGACCGAGAGCAGCUGCGCCAUCUACAGUCUUUGCAGUGUGAUCGUGCACAUGGGGAGCGCGAACAUGGGACACUACGUCGCCUACUGCAGGCCAGCAGGAGAGCAGGGGAAGUGGUUUUGCUUCGACGAUGAUCACGUCACAGAGGUAGCUGAGGAUGAAGCUAUCGAGAACAACUUCGGCAACGACAACUCGCCUUCUCUUCCUGCCGGCGGGAUCUACAUGCGAUCAGUCUUGCAGAAGAUGCGAUCCGCCUACAUGCUCUGCUACAUUCGAACCGACUGCUUCGAUCAAGUGAUGAACACGACGGGGCUGGAGGAGGAGGUGCCACAGCACGUGAAGGAGGGAACUGCUGCAGCCGUGGGUUUCUCUCUCCCUAUCUCCAUCACGGUGCUGACUCCUGACGGAGAGUUCAGUCGGUUUGGAGAGGAAGAGGAAGAUGCUGGGGAGGAGGAGCUGGAGACGAUUGAAGGAGGCGAUGUGCCAGUCAACGAUACGUUGGCGGGGGAGAGGAGAAGGAGAGUUGUGCGAGGGCAGCCGAUCAAUUUGACCAUCAGCUCACCGGAGAGCAAGACCGUCGCUCACAUUCUCAACGAUAUGGUUCUCGCUGCGGACUCAAGCGGCAACCCCAUCCAGCCACCUAGCGUCCAAGAGUUUCUUGGAGGAGAAGUAGAGCAGGUUCCUCUGGCAGCCGAUGCCAACGCCAUGGCAGACGAGGGGAAGGAGGGAGAGGCCAGGAAAAAUUCGUCGGAGAUAGCUCCUCUCGAAGCUCCGAGCUUGAAGCUCUGCUUGACGUCUGUGCGAAAUCACAUGAUCCAGUGCAUCUACCCGGAGGAGGAGCGAGCAUCUGAAGUUGAUGUCUCAUUCCUCUUGCGAGCCGAGUGGUACGACGAUCAGCCGCAGGCAAACAAGGUGCAUGUCAUGCACUUCGAAGUAGAUCCCUCGAGUGAAGGAGACGCGGAGCUGAUGGGAGCGACUCGGCGAGUGGUUGAGAAGGCGGCAGCUGGAGGCGAGUUGGCGUACAGGCGGUUCGGCGACCCCUGUGUCUUCACCUUGUACCAGCAGGAGACGGUGCGAUCGGCGAGGAGGAGAAUCGCGUCCCUCCUGCGGCUGCCGGACGAAAACUUCGAGAUCGCGUGGGUCACGUGGGGAAGAGACCCUGUAUUCAUGAUCAACGAGGACGAUCCGAUCUUGCCUGACGAGCGUAUCCUGGCUCAACACUGGCUCGGUGUGCUGCACCGGGACGGGGGCGAAGGACCCGAAGCUCAAGACUUCUGGGCAGCGACUGCCAGUCUGGUGCAGGGAGGGAAGACGACGCAGGCAGGCGUGAAGAUGCGGGCGGGAUAG